AGUGCUAACCCAAAAUAUAAAAAAAUAAAAUAUUCCCAGCUGAUUGGCUUACAUAACCUCUUCCGCUCUUUCCAAAACAAACUAAAAUAUUUUGGAAUCAUGAUAUCGGCGGUACGCAGUUUGUUAUUGGAGCGUGUCUCUGUUGGCUUAUCACUGCCUCGUAUUACAUCGGUGCUGUAUAGCACAGAAACCGCUGGCAGCAGUGCGGAGCCCGUUGAAAAUAGUACAACUCCUGCUAUUAAUGAAGUUGCCGUCGAGAAAGAUAAACUAUUUAGUAAAUUAGAAAUUGAGUUACGUGGAGUUGAUCCAGCAGUGCUCAAAAGUUAUGCCUGGUUUGCAACGACGGCGGCGAACCACUUAAAUAUUGAAGUAGGCAAAAGUUGGGCUGAGCGUAAGGCACAUCACGAUCGUUUGACUCUACUAAAAUCAGUGCACAUUUAUAAGAAACAUCGUGUACAAUAUGAAGUGCGCACCUACUUCCGUUACAUGAAUUUUCACAAAAUGACGGGUUCAACAUUAGAUACUUUUCUCGAGUACAUUGAACGCAAUUUACCUGAAGGUGUUGCUUUAAAUGCAACUAAAACUGAACUACAAGAAAUUCCUGAGCAUUUGAGGGAGCCACCAAGUGAAGUUUAAUGUAUUCGAAUUCGAAUUGUUUUAGUUAUUUAAACUUUGUUUACAAAAUAUAAUAUAUAAUGAGCUCUUA